AUGUCUUCUUACGGUCACACCAAGUCUGCUUCCUCAUCUUCCUCUGCUUCCGCGCCGACCCCUUCCCGUCGCCGUGACAAGAAGUCUCAGCAAGCCUGGACUCACACUCAUCAACUCCCUACCGCUGAACAACGCUCUCUCAACGGCCGCAAGAAGGAUCGCAACUUGAUUUCGUGGACCCGACCUCGAAUGUCUGACAAGCUACUUCAAGUUCUUGUGUAUGAAUGCAACAGAGCCAAGAUCAGAUUGCCUUGGGACCAAGUUGCUCAUCGACUCAAUCCUGGUUCAAGUGGCAGUUCAAUCAUUCAGUGGCUUGGCCGAAACCGCAACGAUCUCAUCGCUGAAGGUCACAUCGUCCCUCCUCCACUUUCUCCUCGCGCCGACAGGACUGUUCGUGGCGUCAUGCGUGCCGACCUUGACGGCGAUGAUACCAGCACCACUCGUGAAGUUCUUUUCACCGAGCCACUCUAUCACCCCGAGUACAGCCUAGAUGGUGCUCCCGAGAUCAAAGACCCUUUCACUUCUCAGAUGGAGGCUGCCAUUGGCGCCCCUGAAGCACACACCUUCUCUGAUGCUCAUCUUCCCGUCACCCCAACUCCUGUCUCUCGUCGUCGACGCCGCCGUCACCACACUCCUCAGCCUUCCGUCGAAGAGUCUGUUGCCGCUUCUUCUCCUUCUUCUCUCCCUUCUCUUCCUGGCUCCGAAGUGUCUUGCCCUUCUCCCCUCCCAGCAUCCGCAGAGUCCAACGAGUUUGAGUCUCCUGGCCUGUACCUGCCUGAGCUUACCGACGACUAUCUUUCCGACCUUCCUGCCGACUACGGCAACGAGUCUCCCAGCGCAUACCUCGAUGAGCCUGAGGCUGACUCUUCCGUCAACAACGCGGCAACCUUCUCUGACGGGGCCACCCCUGAAUACCAGGUGGUGUUUACUUCUCCCAUCACAGCCUCCAACGCCCACUUCAUGAUCGAGCCAGUCUCGCCGGACUCGGACUCGGACACUGAAGACUUCGAUGGCUACCCGUUCGUCGAGCUAGACGAGCGGGGGCUUGAAAAGUCUUCAGUGUCCGAGGAAGAGAAGACUGAGCCCGUUCCCGUUGCUGCUGCCGCUUCUGUUCCCGUCGCCGCCCCCGUUGUCGCCCCCAUCCCCUUCGCCGACAACGCCGUCCAGAACUUUGCCGGCCCAGGUUCGGUCGCAGCUUUUGCUGCGCCAGCCUUUGGGUCGGAAGUUCCGUUCGACGCAGAGGCCAUCGCCGCCUCCCUCCCUCCCCCUCCCCCAUUCGAUGUCAACGACAUCACCGACUGGUCCUGGUUCCCUGCCGCCGCUCAAGCGGCGGCAGAGGAGAUCAACCAGACCGACCUGUUGGCGGGACUCGACUUCCCGCAGGACAUCCUCGGCAGCGGGACUGGGGUCGCCGGCUUCACAGCUGGUGACCAAGGUUAUGGUUUCGACCUAACCUACCAGUUCCCUGUCGCAGGCUCUGUCGCCGACGACGUCUUCUUCGGGGCGGGUGGCCAAGGCCAGCCCGCCUUUUCACAAAACCUGAAGAGGAUGCGGGGAGAGGGUGAGGGAGAGGAAUCUCCUUCGAAGAGGGGUUGCCCUGGGUGGUUUAUCCCCCAGUGA